AUGGAGUUCUAUUUCCUUCCUCACUCCACAGAUGCAUGCCAAACCAACAUCGUUUGUCCUAAAAAUGCAAGUUGCAAGAACAACUAUUGCAAAUGCAAUAGUGGAUUUAAAUCAAGCUCCAGAAAAGAAAUCUUUGUGGACCAAAAUGUAACGUGCAAUGAUAUCAAUGAAUGUAAAGAAAAUAAAUUUAUUUGCCCCAUCACUUCAUUUUGCCAUAAUACCAUAGGAGACUAUUACUGCAAGUGCCCUGAAGGGUAUGCAGUGGAGAGUGGAGAGACCACCUUCAAGGGGCUAAAGAUGAGAUGCAGUGAUAUCAAUGAAUGUAAAGAAAAUAAAUUUAUCUGCCCCAUCAAUUCAUUUUGCCAUACUACCAUGCGAGACUAUUACUGCAAGUGCUUUGAAGGGUAUGCAGUGGAGAGUGGAGAGACCACCUUCAAGGGGCUAAAGAUGAGAUGUUAUGAGGGUUCUCGCUCUGUCCUCCUUCCUCCCCACCUCUCCAAGGGCGGCAGCCCCCCUCAAAUCCGGCCCAGCAUGUCCGGGGUUCGCUUCCUGCCCGACUGGGGCUGCCUGACUGCCCGACUGAGACCCCAUGGCUCUCUCCAUUGUGUUCAUCUUUUCUACUUCCCUCCAUGGAUGAUCAUGGCAAAGAAACACCUGAAUUUAAUGGAAACAUCUCCAGUAGGUCCAGAAAUUGAUGCCUGUUUCCAAGGUUCCGGCUGUCCUCAAAAUUCUGACUGUCAUAACGGCUUGGGGAGUUACACCUGCACAUGCAGGGAUGGCUUUGCCUUCAGGAAUUCGCAGUGCGAAGGUUCUGUGGCAAUUCAUUCUUAUUUGGAUGCUCGCAAUUUUUUUUUGGCUAAUCUCAUUUAUGUUGAUGAGUGUCAGAACACCACAGUUAGUCCUGCACAUGCAACUUGCAAAAACAAACUUGGAGGUUAUUUUUGCACUUGCAGAAGGGGAUUUGUAUGGAGCAGGGGAAAACAGAAGUUUGUGGGUGGAGGAGUAGAAUGUAAAAUAAAUCUCAACAACUGCUUUAAGACCAAGAAAGAAAAUACAUUUUCAUCAGAGUGUGAAAUGCAGUUUAAGACUACCUAUCACCAGGGAAACAGCAGUCAGAUUUGCUCCCAUUUGAUGCGACUAUCUCAGGGAUGUGGAUAUGGAAAUGCUUCACUUCAUUUACAGGAAAUUAUAAAGUUUUCCAAUGCACUCUCAAACAACAUCUUCCAAGUGAUUCCUGGGAGAAAGGAGAAAAUUCAGUUGGUGACACUCUUUCUGGAGAGUGUGCAAUCAGGUGUAUUCUCGGCUGCCCUCAGACUUUCCGCAGAUGAAACCCUGAGGGAGGAAACUGAGUUUAUGGGUAUUGAAACACGUAUAGUUAAGGGCCCCUGCACUGCGGAAAACGAGAUAUUCCACCUGAUGGCUAAAAAUGAGUCUAUGAAGAUUCACUGCUCUACGGUUGACAGAGAAGACUUGGAAGGUGCUGUUGUUUUCAUCUCCUAUGCUACCUUGGGGUCCAUCAUGAACGAGAGUAUCACACAAGGAGAACUGCAUGGUUUCCACUUGAACUCUAAGGUAGUGAGUGGAACAAUUGGACUUCGGAAGAAUAUUUCCCUCUCUGCCCCAGUUAACUUCACUUUCCAGCAUGUUCAGGCAUUAACUCCAAAGGAACGGUCUCUUUGUGUCUACUGGAACAACAUAACCUGGUCUAAGCAAGGCUGUGAGGUCAUCUCUGCUGAUGAAAAUCAAACAAAAUGCAGCUGCAACCAUCUCUCCACCUUUGCUGUCCUCCUGGCCUCCACCAAGUUGAAGGAGGACCCUGUGCUGACCCUGAUCACGUACGUGGGGCUGAGCCUUUCUCUGCUGUGCCUCUUCCUGGCCGCCCUCACGUUCCUCCUGUGCCGCGCGAUCCAGAACACCAGCACUUCCCUCCACUUGCAGCUCUCCGUGUGUCUCUUCCUGGCCGACCUCCUCUUCCUCACAGGAAUAAAACGCACGGAGCCUGAGCUGUUAUGUUCCAUCAUUGCUGGGAUGUUACACUAUCUGUUCCUGGCCGCCUUCACCUGGAUGCUCCUGGAAGGGCUGCAUCUCUUCCUCACUGUCAGAAACCUCAAGGUGGCUAAUUACACCAGCGCCAGCAGGUUCAAGAAGAGGUUCAUGUACCCCUUUGGCUAUGGGAUUCCAGCCGGGAUCGUGGCCAUUACAGCGGGAGUUGGCUAUCAAGGCUACGGGACCUCCAGUCACUGCUGGCUCAAGGUAGAAGGAGGGUUUAUCUGGAGCUUCCUUGGACCAAUAGUUACAAUCAUCAUGAUGAAUUUGUCCUUUUAUUUGACCACCCUGUGGAUUCUGAGAGACAAGCUAUGCUCCCUCAAUAAAGACGUGUCCAAGAUCCAAAAUACAAGGACACUGACAUUUAAAGCCCUCGCUCAGCUCUUCAUCUUAGGCUGCUCAUGGUGCCUCGGGUUUUUACUGGUCGAGCCAAUGGGUGACCUCUUCAAAUCUGUCAUUGCUUACGCAUUCACGAUUACCAACAGCCUGCAGGGAGUCUACAUCUUUGUGGUGCACUGUCUACUCAAUUACCAGGUGAAAGAAGAAUACAAAAAGUGGUUUAAGGAGAUGCAGAAAAGGACUGAAACGGAUUCCUAUGUGCUGUCUGGCAGCACAACCCAUACCAGGAUGGAUUCCAAAUCCAAUUUCAAUUUCCCUCACACUUGCUGUUUCUUAGCAGUCAGUAGCCCUUCUUCAGAAGACUUUGGUGGAUCAUUUCCUUUAGAAUUGUGUUGUGCCAAGUCCAACGUGGAUGGAGGGACCCAGGACAUCACUAGUGCUGACUUCCUGCCACAGCAAGAACUCAUAGCAUCUCAAAGCGUAAGGGAUCAACUUAACUAUCAGAACUUUCAGGGAAAUACCUUAAGCUUCGGAUUCACUUUAACUUGUUUUGCAAUCCCAGGGCCAGAGAAGAUACAUAAAAAUGUAAAGGAAGAGAUGGAUCUAAAAAGGAAAAAAGCAAUAUUUUGCAUGAAGAGACUAAUAGGUGAUUUAUAUCAGUUUGAAAAUAAGGCAGAUACAUUGUCCAAGACCUUUCUGAAGGACUUCACGUGCUCCUCUAAAAGGGCGGUCAAGCAUAUUGAUUCUGGAGUUUGUGAAAAACCAUUUUUGGAAGUCCUGAGGGAUGUGAGACUCUAG